GUUCGUUUGAAUGUUAAGCUAGUCUUUGUCGAUCGGUCGUGACGAUCACUGCUCAUUGCAGCGAAGUUGGAACGAAUCGCAUAUUGUUAGUGUACGAAAAUUGAAACUAGGAAUCCAACGUAGCCAAUGAAGAUAUUGUGCAUCGGAAGGUUGACUUACGCUUGAGGAACACGUAGAGGCUGUGCCGAUUGAAGUAUAGAGAUUUCUGAUUGAAAAGAAAAUCGAUCGGCUAGAAAUCCUCGCAUAUUUGUAAAAUGACAUUAUUAACUAAGUGGCUCUGGAUCAAAGAGCUAACGGUUCCUUUUCUCAACAAAGAACUGAACAUUCGAGCUAGACAAUAUUGUGUAUCCAUCAACGGAAGUAAUUUUCCGAAAACCAACGAACCUAAGAAAAAAAGAGAUUACAUACUUUCUAAAAAGAGUUCGAUGACAAACCCAGUUCUAUACUACGACGAUGUCAGUCCCCCAGUUCGAAGUGUUCUACUCACCAUGGCUGCCCUAAACAUCGAUGAUAAAAUCAAUAAGCAUUGGAUCCAUUUAUUCGGGGCUGCUCAUUUACGGAGAGAUUUUGUGGAAAUUAAUCCAUUGCAUACGGUUCCGGUGUUGAAAGAUGAGGAACUGGUGCUUACGGACAGUCAUGCCAUUUUAAUGUAUCUCUGUGAUGUUUAUGGACCAGGAACAAAGUUUACCCUGGAUGAUCCGAAAAAACGGGCCCAGGUUUUGAACCGACUUUGUUUCAAUAACUCAGUUUUCUUCCAGAGAGAUGCCGAACUUAUGCGAAAAAUAUUCCGUGAAGAGAUAAAUGAAGUUUCAGAUCACCUAAAACCAAUUGAAGAAGCAAUUGAUUGUCUUGAAAUUUAUUUGAACAGUACCAAAUUUGUAGCCUGUGAUGAGUUAACUGUAGCGGACUUCUCAAUUGUGGCUACAUUAAGCACGUUGGAGACAGUUUGUCCUAUUUCUGAAUCUCGAUGGCCGAAGGUGAAAGCAUGGUACGAAGAAAUGCAACGACUAGCGUACUACUAUGAAGCCAACCAGGUUGGGCUCAGCAAAUUGCGAGCAAAGGUUAACCACAAAUUGCAUGUUGGAUAUUAGUUGUGAAAAUAAAGUUUCUGCUUCUUGAAUUGUUUAAAAUACAGUCAACAGCAAACAAUAAAAAUGUAGUUUAGAACCAA